CACCGAAGGACUCGAGAAGGAGCGCGGCCGGUGAUAAGCUUACAUGCUGCGCGGAGAUCAAGAGAGAAAGAGCGAAGAAACGUGUCGUCGACUGACUUGUCUCAAAGGAUAACGCUUCAAUGAGGUUGAGUCGGGUAAUAGCAGGCCUAGUCCUGCUGGGGUUCGUCCUCUGCAGCGCCUCGGCCUACGAGAAGUGCCCUAACUGUGGUCUCGGCGAUGGCGAGGAUCCUUGCCACUGUGGCGAGACCGUCGUUAAAGCAGCCAAGCUCCAGAAGCCCGGCUACCUCGCAUCACCCGAAGCCAUAAACUACGCCCUCAAGUACAACCAGGCCGGAGCUUAUGGAGUCUAUGGACCAGCGAUUCCAGGAUACGGAGCACCGGUCGUACCUUACGCAGCACCGGCUUCGGUCUACGGAGUUCCGACUUACUCUCCGGCUUAUGGAGCUUCUGCUCCAGCCUACGGCGCUACCAAGCUUCACCUGACCAACGUCCUGGACCCCGAGUCGCGCUACGAGGUCGGAGAUGGCGGCAAGACCUACGAAGAGCUGCAGCACCUCUUGUACCGCAAACCAGGAACGCCAGUUGCUCCCCUGUUCAAACCCGUCGGUGACCUGUGCCACUCUGACGGUAAGGGCAAGCACUACGGCAGCACUUACGGCAACGCCAAGGGGCCCCAAAAGAUCGUAGGAGUCACCCCGGCGUAUCCAGGCAAGACUCCCUGCAAAUGCCUACCACCUGCGCCGCCAAAAGUAUACGGACCACCGCGGACCUACGCUCCAUCUUCGCCAUACGGCAUGUUGUCGCACCACUACACCCACUACGCUCCAGCAGCUCAGCCAGUGUCGAAGCCAGUCUACGGACCAGCUCCUCCAGCUUACCCAGCUCCAAAGCCAUACGGACCAGCACCUCCUCCAGCCAGCUACAUGCCACCGAAACCAUACGCACAUCCAGCUGCUCCAGCCUACCCAGCAGCCAAACCAGUCUACGGAGCACCUCCCGCAGCUUACCCAGCCCCAGCCUACCCAGCACCCCAACCAGUCUACGGACCACCUGCUCCAGCCUACCCAGCUCCAAAACCGUACGGACCAACUCCUGCGCCUUACGCGACCCCGAAACCCUACGUACCGCCAGUAGCGUACCCAGCUCCGAAACCAUACGCUCCAGCCCAGCCAGCCCCAGCAGCCUACGCACCAGCCAAGCCAGCCUACAGCCCAGCACCUGCAGCAUACGCACCGGUAGCCAAGCCGGCAGCCUACCCUGCUCCCCCGACUGUCUACAGCUCGACGAAAACGGCUUACCCAUCGGCUGCCCCAGCCUACGCCACGGCUGCACCAGCCUACUCGGCCAAGCCGGCCUACAGCAAGACUGCCUACUCGACUGCAUCACACUACGGACACGACGAUGACGAUAAUGAGGCGCUAUCCUUCGCCGAGCAAGAGCAGCUGUACAAGGCCCAGCCAACGAUCCCAGCCGAUCCAGUCUCGAUCUCGCUGGCCUACAAGAACUUCCUGCAAACUCCGAGCGCCAAGAAGUACGUUCCCGAGGACAGGCUGGCCUACGGCCAUCGCCAACUGCCCGCCGAUGGUAGCAUCCACAAGGAGAUCGCCAACGUGCCCGAGGAGAAGCUGCUCACCGUCGACAAGCCCAUAGUCGAGCUGAAGAGCCCAGCCAAGUGCAGUAGCUCGAGCUACGGUGGCUACACCAACCGCUACGCCGACGACGACGGAUACGGCGACCUCGAGGCUCUGGAGAGGGAAACCGAGGAGGCCAGCGAACGCGCACGCGGUGCCUACGUGUCUUACAGCGACCUCGGCUACGGACCAGUCAGCCCAGUCAAGAACCAGUUCGUCACAAAGACCGCUAACGUACCAAGCUACGCUACCCCAGCCGCCUACGCUGUCCCAGCAGCAGCCGCCUACCCAUCAGUACCGAGUGUCCAUCUCCCCUGUGGACCCCUGGGCCCAACCGUCCCAGGCUACAAACCCGGAGCAGUGCUCGUGGAGGAGAAACCCGCCAAGGCAUGCGUUGAGGACGAUCGAGAUGGAUACCGAUACAAGGACGACAGCGAGGAGUACGGAAGCUACAGUAGCGAAGACACUGGCUGCUCCUGCAAGGGAGGAAUCAUCGAGCGACUCAAGCCUAAAUGCAACAAGCACAAGCAUGAACGGUAUAGUACGAACAGCAGCGGCAUCGGCACCAAGAUGUCGUUUGCACUUCGAGGAGUGUGCCUGGCUUUGGCAUUGGCCGUAUGUAGCGCUCACUACCUUCCGCCUUGCGAUGAUGAGCUCGAGCUGCCAUACAAGAUCGAGCUCCCAGCGGCGAGACCAGCGUAUUCACCAGUCUACGCUGUCGUCCCAGCACCACAACCACCACCACCACCACCAGCAUACGAUGACUGCGACGAGAUAGUGUUGGUGCCAGGCAAACCAGCCCCACCAGCUUACGCUCCACCGCCACCGGUUUACGCACCGCCACCACCGCCACCGGCUUACGCACCACCGCCACCGCCACCAGCGUACGCUCCACCGCCACCACCGGCUUACGCUCCACCGCCACCACCGCCACCUCCACCACCACCACCGUCUUACGGCCCACCACCGCCACCAGCUUACGGCCCACCACCACCGCCACCACCGCCACCACCACCGCCAGCUUACGGCCCACCACCGCCACCAGCUUACGGACCACCACCACCGCCACCGCCGCCACCACCACCACCGGCUUACGGCCCACCACCACCACCAGCUUACGGACCACCACCACCGCCACCGCCGCCACCACCACCACCGGCUUACGGCCCACCACCGCCACCAGCUUACGGACCACCACCACCGCCACCGCCGCCACCACCACCACCGGCUUACGGCCCACCACCGCCACCAGCUUACGGCCCACCACCACCGCCACCGCCGCCACCACCACCACCAGCUUACAGCCCACCACCACCGCCACCGCCGCCACCACCACCAGCGGCUUACGGCCCACCACCGCCACCAGCUUAUGGCCCACCACCACCGCCACCGCCGCCACCACCACCAGCGGCUUACGGCCCACCACCGCCACCAGCUUAUGGCCCACCACCACCGCCACCGCCGCCACCACCACCAGCGGCUUAUGGCCCACCACCGCCACCAGCUUACGGACCACCACCACCGCCACCGCCGCCACCACCACCACCAGCUUACAGCCCACCACCGCCACCAGCUUAUGGUCCCCCACCUCCACCUCCACCACCAGCUUACGCACCACCACCGCCACCAGCUUAUGGCCCACCAGCUCCACCACCGCCACCACCUCCACCUCCAGCAUACGCUCCCCCACCACCACCACCAGCUUAUGCACCACCCCCACCACCUCCGGCGUACGCCCCACCCCCACCACCCCCGAAGUACUCGCCAGCUCCAAUUGUCGUGUACGGACCACCAGCCCCACCUCCACCUCCACCAGCACCAAAGCGCAAGCUGUGCAAAAUCCACGUUUCCACUGAGUGCGAUUGCAAAAAAUAUUGAGGAAUCCUUAUAGAAUGGCAAGGCGUUAGUCAUUGCAAACCUAUUUAUUGAAUCCCAGUUCCGCCCUGUUUAUACCCGAACAUUCCAAAAUGAAAUUAUAUUUUGAAUUUAUUUCAAAAGAAAUGCUAUUUUUUGAAAAAAAGCAAUUUUAUUAAAAAAGCCCUUUCAAAUAAAUUGAAUGAUGAACAUUA